AAUUCGAUACGGCAUAACUUAUCUCUAAAUAAGUGCUUCGUGAAACACCCGAGGUCUAAAGACGAACCGGGAAAGGGAGGAUUUUGGAAAUUGGACCUAGAAAGGUUGGAGGAGUCUAGGAGGUCAAAAAGGCGGUCUAGUCUGACAGUUAGGGCACCCAGGAACCGGCACCCCGAAGAGAAAGUUUCUAAACCGCCUAGAAAAACCAAAAGGUACCGACCCUCGCAAAAUACGGGCGAAAGGAAGCACAACAUCCUGUCCAACAUCUCCAUAUGCGGGGAGACCGACAUCGAGAACUUCGAAGAGACCAAGAAGAAGGACACCCCGAAGGAAAAGCCUGUCGAGAAAGCCACCGAGGAACCUGACGAGAAAAAGGAGGAUUUUAUCCCUGCUUCGAUGCCAAACCAGUCCGUCAUAACUGAACCCGUCAACCAAAUAUUGGGGGAAGACGAACUUACGGGUCUGCUUCUUGCAACCAACGGCUGGGACGAGUGUCAGUUGGAGUUGUUGGAUUCUCUGUUGGAUUCGUUGUAACAUAGGGCGAUUUGAG